AUGGCACUUCCCAAAAUUCUAUUAACGCGAACGUUACCACCGGAGUCACAGCAACUUAUUGAAAAUGCACGGGAUAUCGAGCUUCUUCAUUGGAAGGGUGGUAUUAUACCUCGAGACCAGUUGUUGAAAUUAGUACCAGGUGUUAGUGGAAUUCUUUGUAUGUUGACUGAAAAAAUUGAUUCAGAGCUACUAGAUGUAGCCGGUCCAAAUUUGAAAGUUGUAUCGACAUUUUCAGUGGGAUAUGACCAUGUCGAUUUAAGUGAACUCCGUAAGCGCAAAAUACAUUUGGGAUAUACUCCCGAUGUGCUUACAGAUGCAACUGCAGGUACUCAAUUAACUGGUAAGACCGUUGGAAUUGUUGGCCUUGGUCGAAUCGGUGCAGCUACUGCGCAUCGUCUUAAACCUUUUUUGGGUGCAAAUGGAAAAAUAAUCUACUCUGGAAAUUCUGAUAAGCCGAUGGCCAUAGAGCUCGGUGCAACUAGAGUUAAAUUUGACUCGUUAAUUAGAGAGGCGGAUAUUAUUUGUAUAUGUUGUGCUUUGAAUGAACAAACAAGGGAGAUAUUCAAUUAUGGUGUCUUCAAAGUAAUGAAAAAAAAUGUG